UUUUCUCGAUUCCUACAGCCACACCCAGCAUUAUUGUACCAUCUGUACCCGAUCAAUGUACCCAACCAGGACAGUCGUCCGUGUAUGUGGCAUGGAAUGCAGUGUAUGGAAUUAACACCAAUGGGGCUACUAUUAACUGCAUUGAGAGGGGAAUUCAGGUUUCAUUAAGUGGAGGCAUCACUUUGGAUGUUGGAUCUUACACCGUGACCUGCCGUGUUGCAGUUGGUGACUGCGUCUCGACAAAUAGUUUCUCGUUCCGUGUCAUUGCAAGCAACUUUCUUCCAUUUGGAGCUGGAGUUGGAGAUUUUCGGCUUUCUAAUCAACGGAGAAUAUUCUUUACUUCAAGGAAAGAUAUUAUAUCACCGACUAUUAGCCCACCGAAUUUCUUUCCUUUUUGCAACGAGCUGCAUGAGAAGAUCUACUUCACAGAUAAUGGUGUUAUCAUCCUAUCCAAUGAUCAAUAUCUUUACAAACGAGCUUUCCCCAGCGCACGAAGCAGGUCAUUCACUGGCCGAACUAAAAUGGUAGCUCCAUUUUGGGCAGAUGUCAGAGCCGAUUUGUUUCCUUCACCGGGGGAUGUCUUCUGGCACAUUUACGAUGAAAAUGAUCCACGGAUGUUGAGUACUUUGAGCGGCAUGGUAUCAAGACGAUAUGGUGGUUUUACCGCAGCAUGGGCCCUGGUCGUUACAUGGAGUCGCAUGCGAGCCUUUUCACCUGACACUGGUACCAACUCCUUCCAAGCCGUGCUCGUGACAGACUACAUUCAUGGAUACGUCAUCUUCAACUAUGAUUACUGUGACAUGAACUGGAAUCCCAACCUCUUGGGGAACAUAAAUGUCAUCCAAGGCGUCUCUUGUGGGGGGGUUAGUCCACCAAUCUAUCUACCUAUACCCAGCAGCUCGAUUUUCCGCCCAGGAAGGGUCAAUGGGAAUUAUGGAGAGUUAGGGCGCUGGUUGUACCAAGUUGACACCCUGCCAAUCGGAUUUGUCAAUCCGCGCCUGUUUUGUCGGACCUGGCACAGACGGCAGAGCUUUGAUUUUCUAUUCUACUUCUACUACCUAGCUCUCCGUGACACUUGUCCCUGCAGUUUGUUCAUGGCCCGGUUGGACAGAAGAUAUUCUCCCAUCAGUUACUCUUACGUCCUGCCUACUCAGAGACGCCGUGGAUUUGUUGCCAUCUGUUAUGUCCGGUUGUGGCAAUUCCCUGGUACCCCUGGCCCGCAGUGCUGCUACAACCUGUUCUCCUGUGAUCUCCUUUAUGACGUUCGAAGUCCUCGGGUUGCUUCUGUCAUGGAAAGAUACCCGCUCAGCCCCCUGUUUUUCUCGUCUUUCCUGCUCCAACGGUGGUAUAACGAGGAAGUGCUGGCACGCUACUACUGCUGUGAGGUUUCCACACUCUGCUACUUGUACAAGCAGUAUAGACCACUUAUGACUUGCCGCAGAUACUUCCCACCAUUUUGGUUCUGGUUCUGGGGAGACCCCCACGUCAAAACGCUGGACGGGGUUGAGUACACCUUCAAUGGUCUGGGAGAAUACACGAUUGCGCUCAUCGAAGGUGACGAUGGGCAGAAGCUGUUUGAACUUCAAGGCAGAACACGGCGAGCCACCAACAAGGAAACCGGAGAGCUAACUGACGCCACAUUCUAUUCGGGAUUUGCUGCACAGUUUGUCGGAGUUGGACAGGUUGAAGUCAAAUUAAACAGCGAUGCCACAGAUCUGAUAACAACAGUCAAUGGUGAUGUUGUCACUCCCACGACCGAAGGAUUGCUCAUUGGCAAUUUAACUGUCAGAAGAGAAAAUGACACUAAAGUUACUGUCAUAUACCCUGAUGAUGUCCAACUUACUGUGGGUGUAAACAACAGCAUUGGGGAUAUCACUGUCCAGCUCGGUCAAACCUAUAGGGGGAAAACGAAAGGAUUACUCGGCGUUUGGGAUGGUGACCAAAGCAAUGAUGCUCUACGACGGGAUGGUACUCAGCAACAAGCCACUGGACAAAAUGGAGAAAUGCUGGAACGUGAUUUCUAUAACUUUGGUGAAACCUGGCGUAUCUCUGCAGAGAAUUCUCUCUUCUAUUAUGUUUCUGGUGAAAGUUGGGCAGUGUCCAAUGCCCAUUCGUUCGUACCACAGUUCUUGGAGGAUUUGAUUGCAAGCGCUCCUCAAGACAAACUUCAGAGAGCACAAGAACUCUGUGGCGAUAGCAAGAUGUGUUUGUAUGACACACUGGCCCUGGAUGACGAAACUGUCGGGCAGGCUACGAUGAUGAUCAAUGCGAUGAACACAGAAAGCGAAAAAUCAGGAACUAAUUUCCCUCCGAAUAUCACACUGGCGGACAACUUCACCGUGACGGUGGGAGUGGAAUUCUCCUACCAACUAGAGGCAUAUGAUCCAGACGGGGACGCCAUCACUUUUACUCUGCUUGAGGCAGUUGCAGGGGCAUCCAUCACCGAACAAGGUGGUCUGUUCACUUGGACACCAGUGGACAAGUCAAAGGUCAUGGUUGGUUUCCUUGCAACUGACGGCCUAGCUAAUGCUACUCUGGAACCGAUUGUACAGCUAUGCGAUUGCAUGAAUAGCGCCACGUGUCUUUGGGGUCAAUUUGUGAUGGGCACAGAACUUGUUGCAGACCGUUUUGGGGUCGUUCUUUGUGAAUGUGAACCUGGCUGGUCUGGUGAAUUCUGUGAGGAGAAUUAUGACGCAUGUGCCGACAACCCUUGUUUCACGGGGGUAGCUUGCUUUGACGAGGAACCGCCUUCACUUAACAGCACUUGUGGACCCUGCCCUGACGGGCUAGAGGGUGAUGGAAAGUUUUGCCAGGAUAUUGACGAGUGUGAGCUAUAUAGAAGUCAACCAGCCAGCAGUGGUGGAAUGGGUUGUGAUCAAAUAUGUACAAAUACCCUCAUGAGCUACAACUGCAGCUGCAACUCUGGUUUCACUUUAUAUCUGGAUGGCAGGAGAUGUACUGAUAUUGAUGAAUGUGACCUCCAGACUGACAACUGUGACAGCAACGCUUUGUGCAACAACACCCAGGGAGGCUACAAGUGCAAUUGUAACCCAGGCUUCAACGAUGACCUUAGGGAUGGAACGAUGUGUUCAGACAUCGAUGAAUGCAGCGAAGGUGGAAGCAACAACUGCAAUGAGAGUGCUCAAUGUGACAACACUGUUGGCUCAUAUCGCUGUACGUGUAAUGAUGGUUAUGAAGGCGAUGGCAUAACAUGUUCAGAUGUGAACGAGUGUACGAGGAGCCUUCAUGACUGCCACGUCCAGGCAACGUGUUCAAACAACGUGGGAUCAUUCAGCUGUGCAUGUAACGAUGGCUGGACUGGCAACGGCGUCAACUGCACCAAUGUUGAUGAAUGUUCGAGACCAUUACCAGUCUGUGAUACCAAUGCUGAGUGUACAGACACACCGGGCAGCUUUUCAUGUCGGUGCAAUGCAGGAUAUGCUGGCAAUGGAAUGAUGUGUGUGGAUAUAAAUGAGUGCACUACAGGUGAAUCAACAUGUCAUUCUGAACUCGGAGAGUGCACCAACACAGAUGGCAACUAUACCUGCAGCUGUAGGCCUGGAUACACUGGGGACGGUAGGAACUGCAUCGAUAUCAAUGAGUGUGUUGGGAGUAAUGAAUGUUCUGGGAAUGCCAACUGCACCAAUACGGAAGGUAGCUUUGAGUGUGACUGUAGAAUGGGAUACACUGGGGACGGUUUCAUGUGUUCCGACAUCGAUGAGUGUACUCUGGGAAUUGACAACUGCCAGCAAGUUUGUUCAAACAACAUGGGAUCAUUCAUUUGUACGUGUGACGUUGGUUUUAGGAUGGUAGACGAAGUCUGUAAGGCCAACCGUGCUUGUAUGGGUAACAAUUGUACCCGUGGUGUCUGCUUCAUGAACAAUACCAUUGACACGUGUAGAUGUGAUGCUGGAUAUGCCACUGUAAAUGAUUCCUAUGUGUGUGAAGAUAUUGAUGAGUGUACCAGCCCAAGUAACCUUAACAGAUGUGGAGACAACUCAGUGUGUAACAACACACUGGGCGAUUAUCAGUGCAUCUGCAAUGCCGGUUACACUCUCAAUAAUGACCAACGGAGCUGUUCAGAUGCCAAUGAAUGUGACACUGGAACCCACAAUUGUGACCUCAUGAGCCAAGUGUGUGUCAACGACGAACCAUACUUCAGAUGUGACUGUAAAUCUGGGUACAAAAGUGCAACCUUUAAUGGAUCUUGCACAGACAUUGAUGAGUGCUCAGCCGAUAGUUUGAACAACUGCAGCACCGAGGCAGACUGUCUCAACAACAAUGGCUCUUACACCUGUCUGUGCAAAGACGGAUUCACUGGCACUGGACGGCAGUGUUUUGAUAUUGAUGAAUGCUCUCUGCCUGACAGCGACAGGCAAUCUGCUAGCUGCAGCCCCAUGGCGGAAUGCACAAACCUUGAAGGCUCGUUCCAGUGCAACUGCACCAUUGGAUAUGAAGGAGACGGAAUGAGUUGUCAAGGUACGUAUAUAUGGACAAUAUUAAUUAAAACAACCUUUUUUGUGCAUUGCGUGUUGAUAUAUGGCUCUUUUUCAGAUAUCAAUGAAUGCCAGAAUGAGGACUCUGCAUGUGCGCCCAACAGUACCUGCACAAACAACAACGGCAGCUUUCUCUGUGAAUGUGAUGCUGGUUUCCGUGGUGACGGCUUUACCUCGUGUAGGGACAUCAACGAGUGCGAGGAGAAUCCUGAUAUGUGCCACACCUUAGCAACUUGUAGAAACACUGAGGGGAGCUACCAGUGUGAAUGCAACAACGGGUACCAAGGAAAUGGCACACACUGCGAAGACGUAAACGAAUGCAUAACCAGUGAUAAUGACUGUGCAACUCAGGCUUCAAACUGUUCGAACACUGUCGGCAGCUUUACGUGUCGUUGCAUCGAAGGAUACGUCACAGCUGAAGGUGCCCCAACUGGUAGACAGUGCAACGAUGUUGACGAGUGUGCACUGGAGAUUGAUACAUGCGAUAAAACCACAUCUAUCUGUAACAACACCAUCGGUAGCUACCAGUGCAAUUGUGUGGAAGGUUAUGAGAAAAAUGGUGCCAGCCAAUGCGAAGAUAUCAAUGAAUGUUCGGUAGGGUCAGCAUGCACAGUAAACCAUACGGUUUGCUCCAAUUUGCCGGGAACGCAUGAGUGCAAUUGUAUGAUGGGCUUCUAUCAGCAAGGUUCAACUUGCCAAGUGGCUCAGUCGUACCAAGCAUCAGCGGUGUUUGAGGUCGUCAGUGGGAGGAUGGUUGGAGGACCUGACUUCAGUCUCGAAACAGAAUCUGCAACAUAUCGCCAGGAAUUAAAAAAAUCUAUUGAGGCAGCUUUCAACGCUUCCUCGUUGUCCAGUUCCUUCAGAGACGUCGCCGUCACAAAUUUGUCUCUGAAUUCAGAUUCCAGCGUGCUCUUGGAGUUUCUCAUCAAUUUCCAAAGUGAACACGAGGAGUUGGUCAUUAUCAUGGCAUUGCUUGACCAGCUGACGGGAAGCAGUGGGGGUCAGUUAGCGCCCAACCACAAGCUGAUCAGACGGACAUUUAUCAUCGGUGAUCCAAAGUGUAAUGCAGCACCAUGCAUAAAUGGCGGGAAGUGUUUAGAAGACAACUUGGCAAUGGGUGGAUACACAUGCAGCUGUCCGUCAGGUUAUAGUGGACAAAACUGCGAAAUAGGACCGUGCGAUGUCAAUCCCUGUGAAAACGAUGGGCAAUGCGCUAUAAAUUCAACAUCAAAUACCGGCUACACUUGUACUUGUGGUCGAGGGUUCAGUGGGCCUCAAUGCGAAACAGUUGCACCUUGUCAAAUGGACAACGACUGCACAAACGGAGCAACUUGUAACGAUAAUCUGAACACAGUACGUGGCUACAGUUGCAGCUGUCCUACUGGAUUCAUGGGACAAAACUGUGAGGAGGCUUGCACACUUUCUUGUAACAAUGGUGGUACUCGGGAUCUUGAAGCAUGCUCGUGCAUGUGCGCUGAAAACUGGAGCGGGCUUAGCUGUGCAGAUUGCCAACUGAACUGUAUGAAUGGUGGAAUUCGGAACUCGGCUACCUGCCAGUGCUCAUGUGUAAACAGUUGGAUUGGAAAUACCUGCACAGUCUGCAACAUAUCUUGCCCAUCCGGACAGAACCUAGAUACCAAGACUUGUCAAUGCACAGCGUGUCCUUUUACAUGUUUAAAUGGUGGAACACUGAAUGAGGAUACCUGCCAGUGCACGUGUGACCCAAAUCAGAGGUGGACAGGCGCAAAUUGUUCAGUAUGUCCAUUGACAUGCGUGAAUGGUGGACAGCUCAACUCAGAGACGUGUCAGUGUGCAUGUGUAGGCAACUGGAUCGGAAACACCUGUUCUGGUUGUCAACUAUCCUGUGGGAAUGGUGGGACCCGGAACGAUGCAGCAUGCGAGUGUGCAUGUGACGGAAACUGGAUGGGCAAUACCUGCUCUGAGUGUCCACUGAAUUGUGUAAAUGGUGAACGCAAUGCUGAAACGUGUCAGUGCUCAUGUUCUGACAACUGGACUGGAACUACCUGUUCAGAUUGCGACUUGACCUGCUUGAAUAAUGGAACACUUGACGCGGCCGCCUGCCAGUGUUCAUGCAGUCAGAGUUGGAAGGGAACCAACUGCUCAAGUUGCGAUCUGUCUUCAUCUAGUUGCUUGAAUGGAGGUUCAUUUUCUGCAAACUUCUGCGAGUGUGUUUGUCCAUAUGAAUACGCUGGACGAACUUGCGAAGUUACAAGUCCGUGUAUAUCAGGCAACUCUCUGUGUAGCGGGACGGGGCAGUACUGUCUACCAGUUAGCAAUGACGUUCGUUUCCAGUGCCAAUGCAGAAGUCAACGAGGUUUCUUUGACAACGGGGACAAUUCAUGUAGAGAACGCCAGGCAGUGCAAGUCACUUUCAUACUAAAUGUGAACUUCAUCUCCGAAUACGAAAACCCAACAGCGGCUGCGUCAAAGCAAUUUGCUGGAAGAAUUACUUCAGGGAUCUUGAAUGGACUGAGGGGAAGUGCAACAACUGAGCGUGUGUUUUCGGUGCAAGUCAUAAGUAUGAAAAGCGGGAGCGUGGUUGUGAGCUCAGCAGUAGCAUUCCAAGGGAGCCUUCCGGCGGCAGACGCCAUCAGGAGAGUGAUAGAAGAUGGUGGUGCAAUAACAAGUGACGGUGGAACUAUUCCCAUUAUACCCAACUCCGUCGUGGUAACAGACUUACCGACAGACUGCACAGCAGACACUUGUCAAAAUGGUGGAAUUUGUGAAAGAUCCACUUUUGGCCCGCAGCUUACCUGCAGUUGUCCACCUUCGUUUACUGGUGAGAACUGUACAAGUCCGGUACCAACGACAUUGACUCCAGUACCGACUUCUACAAUGUCUACAGCUACAGUAUCGACGUCUACAACGUCUACAGAUACAGUAUCGACACCGUCCACAUCAGCUGCUCCAGGAGAUGGUUUGUCACCUUUGGCGACAGUUCUCAUCAUAGUGGGGUGCGUUGCUCUCCUCCUGAUCAUAGCCGGCUUGGUUCUCUGUUUCUGCAUUCUGAUGAAAAAUCAACAGGCAAAGGCUCUAGCUCAUGGCCCCAGGGAGCGUUUUAGUUUUGAGGGUCUCAGAGAUCCUAGCAUGUCCUCUGAAGUUGAUUACAGUCCGACAGAGCACAGUGAAGAUGAGAGGCGGAUGAAUCGUCUAGCUCAAGUUAUGCGCCAGUCGCCGUACCUGCAACAGACUCUCCCUGCUCGAAGGGAAUUCAUCCGGCCUUUUUAUGUUACUGGGAUGGAAGAACUGCAUCGUUACGAAGAAGAAUUGCGUGAUGGAGGCAAUGCAGCAGGUCGUGUUGUGUAUAAUCCAAUCCUGUAUCGCUAAACCAUUACCGGAGGAUAUUCUAAAGCUUCCAAGAUUGCGACAGCUGCCUUUAUAAAAUGUCAACUUUACCUUGGAGAAAAGUAUUAAGACCACCAUCAUCAACGACGAUUAGCAAUUCCGUUUAACUCUAGUGGCAUUCGCCCCCGCCAACACCAUAUCAUCCUUUUAUUAGGGUACUGGAAUUUUACUGCAUUGAUGGAACUUUACAGAUUUGAUAUUGUAUAAUCAGGUUAUUCUUGACAACUCCUUCUUUUGAAAUGACUUUGGGAGAAAUUUCCCCUUCAGUAAGUUUCCUAGAUUAAUAUGUUUGAAAACAAAUGUCCCCUUUCCCCCAAGCAACUGUGUUUUAGAAUUUCCUCCCCAGUCCACCUGAGUCACACUUUCAAUGGAGCUGUAAUAUUAGUGUCCCAAUUUUAGUUCUGUGCAUAUUCAUGGUAAAUUUUGCCUGGAUAUGUUUGGCUGAAAAGGAAAAUAUUUUCUCUAUCGGUCUUUGCUUUCUCACUGACUUUUAAAAAGAUACAUUUCGUUUUGGUUCAUUUUGAUAUGCAUUCCUUGCUUUUAACUCAUUUGCUUAAAAUGAAAGUAAUAGUAGUGGAAAUGGAAUAACUAAUCAAAUGGCAUAAUUGAAUUUGCUUUAUUUGCUUAAUCGCUAAAGCAUUUAAUCCACUGGCGGUUGGACAGCGUGUGUCUUUCCGUACCUUGAAUAGACAGCGUCUGUUAUUGUCAACGUACAGUUUCUUGAUUAUUGCCACAUGCUGUUUGUGUAGAAUAAUUGAUUUUAGGUUUUGUGUAACAAUCAACCUUUGGAUGAUAUUAGAAACGGUUUAUAUUGUUAAUGACACAUGUAGAAUUACAUAUUUGUAUGUAUUGUAGUUACAUGACACGUUUGCGCAUCAAUUACUUUUAUGCAGGCUAUGAACGAGUUUGACUUCGAUUAGUGUAAUACUCAGAAAAUAAUUUUGCAUACCUUUUACUUUAUAAAAUGUUAAGAAGUUUAAUGUCGGUCCGGGAAACAACACGAGUACACUCCACUUUAAGCAUCUUUCCACUUAAAUAACAUGCAUUAUGCAAAAGUGAAACAGUUUUCAUAGUAUUCACACUAUGUUAAAAUAUUGGCACGCCCGUGGUUUAUAAUUUAUUGUAACACAGUCGAGUUCACUUUAACCUGACACCACCCGCUACGUUGUGGUAUGGUGCGAAGCGUAUAGGCAAAUAAAACUGUCUUCCAAAAUAAGUUUAUUGUGAACCGUUUGAAACGUUUUGUCUUUCAGUAACAUUUUAUAUUGCAUUUAUAGUUUCGUAUUAAGUAUAACAUAUAUUUUUGGUGUAACGUUGUCAAUAGUAUGUUUGAACAAAUGUAAGUGGUGGAAUAAAUCGUGAUGGAAACAUUUU